AUGAGUCCCUCUGAAUUGGCGCAGUUGAAGAGUGUUAAUUCUAGCAGACCACAACUCUCCCAUCAAAACUCGCAACAAUCCGUCGCUGCCUCUGACGAUUACUUCUCACUACAGUCCGAUCAAUCAUCUUCCUCACAAAGCACAAGCAGCAAGGUGACCGUUUUGCGGUAUGCGACUCCACAAUCGCACAUGAACCAUUCUUCGUCGUCGGGACAACAUUCUUCGGCAAACGUGGCAAAGUCGCAGUCACAGUCGCAGACUCAAUUAGGUGAAGACAGUAUGAAGAGCGUCCAGAAGUUGCCUGCCAAUACAUCGGCGCAGGUUCCUGUCAGGUCGAAUUCCGUGCGUUUCGAAAAUAUAAAGGUCGACAACAUCAGUCCUCGACAGACUCAAAUUCAAGACCCUAGAAAACAUAUCAGUGCAACUACACCCGGUGUCGAUGAUAGUCCUUAUCUACGGUUUGCAAUUGAUCAGUUAACCCGCGACGAAGAGGUCGCUGGCGUUGGUAGACACGGUUCCGUCGUGAGCACUUCAACGACUACAGCGGAUUACCCCGUUGAAAGGAUUGUACCGGAUGAGAACUUGGGAUAUUAUUAUCGCAGUGGACCGACGACGAUUGGAAUUGGUGUAAAGCCAGGGAGUCGUCAGGGUCCUACCACCACAGCAACUCUUUCAGAAAAGCAAGCUGGAAAAGCGGUGUUUGUGGCAGUUGAGCCUGAAGUUCAGGAUGUACGACAUCCACCUCUCGAUUUUGUGCCUGUAGUUCUGCGGCUGUGGGCUUUGGCAAUAUACAUUUUUCUUGUUCUGUGGAUGAUUGCCGCUGUUGUCUUUUGCAACGUGUGGUCACAGCGACAUAGUGGUAUCUGGGACUGGGAUGGAGUGGGAACAUCACAGUAUUUCGUCACGCAAUAUCUGCCUCAACUACUUGGAGCAUUAAUUGUGCUAUGGAACUUGGUUAUUCAGGCAGCUAUCUACCGCGUCAUGCCGUUCUGUAUCAUGGCGUCUGAACGACAAAAGGCAGGCGUACUACAGAAUCUCUCGAUACUCUCACGCAACCAUCUCAUGCCAGACUUUUCGCAUUUUCGAUAUGGCGAGCCUCUUGUUGCAUUUGGGUUGUUGGCGAUAUGGUUGACCAAUUUUUUUACUAUGCCGCUACUAGCAUGUCUUUUCCAGGCCAAAUAUUACACAAUUAAUAGUCAUGGAGCUUGGAGAUGGACGGCCUCUCAAGCUGUUGGCUGGACAAUUGUUGUUAUUUAUGCGCUACUGGUUGUAGCUCUGAGCUUGAUAAUGGCUCGUUUCAUUCGAAGCUGGACCGGUUUACUCUGGGAUCCCGUCAGUCAUGCAGAUCUUAUACCCCUGAUUCAGCGAUCAAACAUCCUACGUGACUUUGAAGGCUCCGAGACCAGCCCCUCCGUUCAAGAGAUCCUUCCUCAGCGAACAUUACGUCUUGGGUAUUGGCGACUCAUGGACAAGGAGGACAUCUUCUACGGUAUUGGUGAAGAAUACGCCACAGGUGACAUGCCAACACCAGCGUCACCACGACGAAAGGAGAAAAGGCCUAUCGCACGAACAGGGCCAGUCGAGGACUUGGAGCAGCAGAGUAUCCUCCGAAACGAAUCCUUCGAGCGCACCUUGUAUUCCCCAUUUUCUCGUUUCCGAUGGACAGUCUGGUUCCUGCGUGAUUUCGCCAUCAUAACUUGGAUUGUCAUUGUACUGGCGUUGUUCAUCGCUUUUGUUGUUGUGAGCUUCGUGCAUGCGGCGAUUCCGCACGGUUUUGUACCUUUGGUCCCAACACUGGCAUCUUCGAAUGGGUUUUCUGCCUCCAAUUUCCUAUUCAGCUUUAUCCCUGCCUUGAUCGGUAACUUCUUUUUUCUCGCCUGGCAGCCAAUCGACGUCUAUCAUCGCGCACUCCAGCCUUUCGCAUCCAUGUCCACUCCAGAAGGUUCUCUAGCCGAGCGAAGCUUACUACUGUCGUAUCCAGCCUGUCUCCCAUUCGAAGUGUCCUUCCUUGCUCUAGUCGCCAAGGACUACCAAGUCGCCUACAUUUCCCUCGUGAGCAUACUAUUUCUCGCAUUGCCGAUUCUCGGUGGAGGCGUCUUCGUCGCGCUCUGGUAUAAUUCUCGAAACGAAGUACGCAUCGCCGCCGAUCUACCAGCAUUUUAUGUCCUGGUGGCCUUCUGUGGCUUGUACGCGCUUUCGUAUUUGGUGAUCUGGCCUCGUCGUCGUCGCUACCUUCCUCAUGAUGUUUCCACUCUCGCAGAUCUGAUUAGCUUCUUCCAUCAAAGUCCGCUGCUAUACGAUCAAGUGCUGCGCGAGCCACGCACAAAAUUGGACCUUGUCACGAGGUUGGUCGUUACCCCACCGAAUGAAAGGACACAACCAUUAUAUGGAUUCGGCGUGUACAAGGGCCUUGAUUGGAGAGAUCAUUUGGGAUUUGAUCGUCUCACACGACCUGGAAGAGCGGAUAUGUUGAUAACAACCGGAAAGUUGAAGAGUUGAUAACAACCCUCUUAAACCCUUGGUGAGCAAAAUGUAUAUUUAUAUGAAGACGAAGGCGGCCUGGUGAUUUUUUUAUUGUUUCACGAUUGAUGUCGAUUACGUCCUUGAUGAUUU